AUGAAUUCGUUGGCUGGUUUAAUAGCCAACUAUGGUGAUUCUGAUGAUGAAGCUGAAGAGGAUUUAAGUAGUAACUCCACGAUCAAUUACAAAAACAACGGCGGUGUUGUACCUACGGCUCAAAACUACGCGAAUGCGUCUGCUGUCAUUCAUCCCGCUCCGAUACCGCAUUGCCCUUGGUCGGCUUGCUAUGAUGAGACCAGUGGUUUCACGUAUUAUUGGAAUCAACAAACAAAUGCUGUCACUUGGGAAGCACCCCCUGAGUACUUGCUUGCCCUCAAGGUCGCUCAACAACAGUUAACUACAUCAGGAUCAGGAGAAGUUUCAGCAGAAGAAUGGCAAAUGUAUCAACAGGCGUUAGCAGAAAAACAAAGUACACAGGCAAAGGCUACAUCCAAAUUUGUUCCAAAAACUCCUAAGAAGAAUGAUUCUAAUAUUAUUAAUAAUAAAGGAAAGAACAACAAAAACAGUAAGAAACGGCCCCAUAGUGAUGAUGAAGAAGAAGAGAAAAUAGAACUUAUUACCUCGUACCAUAAUUCGGACUCGGAGUCCAAUGAUGAGGCAGACACACCAGUCAAGCCUCCACAACCACCCACUCCUAAAGUGCAACCUAAAACUACUGCACAGAGAAAGCAAAAAAUAAAAACUCAAGAGUAUGGGCCAGCCCUACCUCCAAAUUUGAACUAUGCUGUGCCAAUUGGCCCUGAACUGCCCCCAGAGUUAAGAAAUAAUGUUGUUAAUUCACCUGCUAAUAAGACACAAAAUGCUGUGACUGAGGUAAAAACCUCAAAAACUAAUGAUGAUGACAGUCAAGAUGAAAGUACUUUAUUGUUGAAACUAAAAGACAAAGCAAAACUGCUUGAAAAACUAGGUGGAGAAAUACCUAAGGAGUUGCAACAAAUGAUUCAAGAAGAAACUGGAUCCGGCCCUGCAACACUCAAGACUGAUGAACCAUCCAAGUCACAUGCAAAUAUAGACGAUUUAUUAGAAGAAAUCGAGAAAAAAGAGUUACCAAAGAUAACUAAAGCGAAGAUAGACACAGAAGUUAACUCAAAUAACGUCAGUGCUAAAAAUUCUCCUAUAAGAGACGGAACACCACCGAUCGAAUCUAAACCACUAUUUCCGAGUUAUCAAAACAUUGAAGAGCCUCCAGUUCCAAUAGAAGUAGAUAAUGAACAGAAAAAAGUUGACGUCACUGAGAAAAAAGGAGUUAAUUUAUAUCUAACUGAUAGCAGUGAACGUAUUGAACAUGUUAAUAAGAAAAAAUUGAGAAUAAGCAACUCGGUACUUCCAAAGAAAGAACCUGUAUAUACUACUAAAUAUUCCCAAUUUAUAGAAGGCUUUUCGAGCGAGAGAGUAGGUUUGGGGUUUAGCAAAGAUGAGGACAAUACAGAGAGCCCAAAGAACGCUAUCAAUUAUGGAAACGGUUUGAUGUUUACAAAGGGUGAAACGUUAAACGAGGAGAAGAAAGAUGAAGAUUUGGAUGACAUGACGGAAUUACUUGAAAUGAAGCUGAAAUACCUGAAUCAGCUGCAACCGUGUACGUUGACGCCGGUGCAAGAGAUGUUGGUACAAAUGCAGAUGCUGCUGAGUGCGUUCCGCGCGGGCGCGCUGUCGGCGCGCUACUGGCGGCGCUGGGCGGGCGCGGCGCGGCGCCAGCUGGCCGCGCACGAGCUGCGCGCCGCGCCGCCGGGCUGGACCUGCUCCUUCCUGAGGUACGCGCCGCGCCACCUCACCCACCUCACCCCACCUCACCCGCCUUUGUCUCACUACCGCUUCGAACUUCACUCGCCGGUGUCGGGACGCGAUGCCGUACUACGUUUUGUUCACAGGAGCGACCUCGUUUAUCCCUAG